UGUUGUGUGACUUGGGUUUUAAGUCUCCUUUUGACUCUGCACAUUGCAACAACAACAAUGCAAAACAGUAUAGUGAUCAUGAACAAUCAUCAGGACUGUGAAGUUGGCGAAAAUCAAAAACCUGUUCGAGUUUACACCGACGGAAUUUACGAUCUCUUUCACUUCGGUCAUGCCCGUUCUCUUGAACAAGCCAAGAAAUUGUUUCCAAAUACAUAUCUCCUUGUUGGAUGCUACAAUGAUGAGAUGGACGAGAGUAAAAUUAUUAUGACCGAGCACGAACGCUAUGAGUCUCUUCGCCACUGCAGGUGGGUUGAUGAAGUUAUUCCAGAUGCGCCAUGGGUAAUCAAUCAGGAGUUCAUUGACAAGCAUCAAAUUGACUAUGUGGCUCAUGAUUCUCUUCCUUAUGCUGAUGCUAGUGGAGCUGGAAAUGAUGCCUAUGAAUUUGUUAAGGCUAUUGGAAAAUUUAAGGAAACAAAACCUAUUGAAGGAAUUUCUACUUAUGAGAUCAUAAGGAGAGUUCUAAACGAUUAUAACGAGUAUGUAAUAAGCAGUUUAGAUCGUGGUUAAAAUCUGGUAUUGUAACUUGUAAGUGAAACAAUUCUAAUAAGAAUCAUUUUCUUGAAAUGUGUUUUAACUCACUUAACAUUAAAAAUCUGUAUUUCUAUAUGAUGUACAUGAACACCAAACUAAAUGUGUGUUAGUCAUUUCAUGAUAAGUGUGACUAUUAGGAUUGUUUGGAGAGAGUGAUUAGCUUCUAUUAAUAGAUAUGAACUACUAAAAUUCUAAGACUCAUUUAAUUAAUAGAGAUAAGUAUUUAAUUAAAUUGUUUUAAUUAAAUGCGAAUAAUAAUAAUGAUUAAAUUAUAUUGGACUGUUCUUUUAUUUGGUCAUGUAAUAUUCAAAGAGUAUAAUUUUAAAGUCUAUGGAUUAUCAAUGAUAAUUGGUUAGACGGAGACUUCUUGAAGCCGAGCAUUUGAAGAAUCCAUAUUAGCGCUCCUUGGUUACGUAGUCAACUAAAAGGGGAAUAAAAAAAGGGUUGUACCCGCUUCAUUUGCAAACUGUAACACCCCAUAUUUUUCGUUUAUUAGUUUAAUUUUGAUUUAAAUUAUUUAAUUGGAAUUUUAGUAUUUUAAUUUGGAUUUAAUUGGAAAAUUAUGAAAUAAGAGCUAUUGGGCUUAUGGUGUAAUGUUAGUAAAAGAGGGGUGCUAUUUUGGUUAGGCCUUUUACUAAGUGGUGUUCAUUUUAUUUUAUUUUUCAUAAAAUAAGAAAAGAGCCAUUUGGGGAGAAAUAGGAAGAACACGUGAAAAGGGCAAGAGAAGAGAAAGAAGCAAGAACGUGAAACGGAAGAAGAGCAUUCAAGGAAUUCAUCGAGGUAAGGGGGACUCGUCCUUUUAGUAUCUCUUAUGUGGUCUUAGGUGAUAGGUAGACUGAUGUAUGGUUUGAUUCAAUUAGAUAUUGGGAUUGUUAGGUUAGGGUGUUAUAGUUUGGAUUGAAUUGAUGCAAUUUGUAUGAUCUAUUGUUUAAUAAUGAGUUGAAAUGAUGUUUGGUGGUGUAUGAUUGAAUGUAUGAUGAUUGUAUGCCUGUAUAUGCUGUUUAAACUCGAUUUUGGACUGAAAAUAGGUGGAAUCGCAGGGUCUGUCGCAGACCU